AUGAAGAGUGCAAUAUAUUUCCUGGCUCUCCUGGCGCUGGCGGCCGCAGCGCCCGCGGCUCAGCCCGAGCCCGCAGCGGCGCCCGAGCCCGCAGCGCAGCCCGACCCCGCGCCCGCUGACGACAACAGACCGGAAAUCAUCGAGAUCAUCGCCCCUGCCGCUAGUGCACAUGAGACGCUCGCGACGCUGAACCUCGGCGCGCCAGGCUCCGAGCUCAGCGAACGCAACAAGCGCACUAUCGGCAUCCUGCGACAACUGUUCCCCACCCUCACGCAGAUUAUCGAACAGAAGGUACAGCAAAUCACCAGCAUGGUGCUGAAGAUAUUUGGACCCAUCGUGCUCCGCGCUUUCCUCGGCAACAGCGGUGGCGCCACCAAAACCAACGGCGGCGGCGGCACCAUCGAGCUGGAGGAUGACGAUGAUGAUGACGACGAUGACGACGACAAAGUGGUGUCCUCGACUUCCACCACCGCAGAGCCCGCCAGGCGCAAGCGCGCGCUUUUCUUCCUGCCGAACGCGAUUGCUGAUGAGAACCAGCUACUGUCGGGAGCCGAGUCCCAGCAGGCCGAGGUCCGAGUUGCCUUCGGCGAGGGCCAGCAGGCCGCGGCGGCUAGCGACGACCAGCAGACCGCGGCUCAGACCAACUCGGCUACCAUCGACGAGAUCACGUUAGACGAUGCUGACGACAGCGAAGAAAACCGAAAUAAGAGAUUCCUCAACUUCGGCGGAUCAAGCUCUGCCUCAGGCGGCGGCGGCGGCUCCGGAAACUUCCUUUUUGACAUCGUGAGACGUCCGGCGGAGAUGGUGGCGCGCGCGGCGGGCUCCGCGCUGCGCCUGUUCGCGGGCACCGACUCGCUCAGCGUGGGCCUCAGCGCCUCGCACUCCGCCACGCUGGACCCCAACGACGCGUCCCAACUAGUGGCGGGCUCCUCGUCCAGCUCAUCGUCCGGCGACGCCGGGGCGACAGACGGCGACGACCACGGCGGCGCCAAGGGAGACAACCUCACGGAGGGCGUGCCCGGCCCCAUCACGCGUCUGUUCAUCAUCGCCAACAGAGGCAUCGCGAACCUCAUCCAGGAUCUUAUUCUUCGUAUCGCGCAAACCUCCGAGAGGAUAGUCAACUUCAAGGCGCGAUUGAUCACCUCUAUCAUUUAACGCGUUUGCGUUUAGUAUAAUAUUGAGAGGCCUCGGUCAUCGCGCCUCGUAUCGCGGCUCGGACGGGCUCGUCGGGGUCGAUCAGACCCCCGCCACCACCGUCUCGGUCGCGAUACGAGCCGAAGUCGACCCCGGAGUGUUACCGCGGCGAACACUCUCGCUACUUGACUGAACACGAAAAUAAUGUACCCUCCAGGGUAACCAGGCCCUUUCUAUCGUUACGAUUGUAUCGAUUGAAAGACAUAAAUUAAUCGUAAUUCAGCCGCAUUCGUAGCCACAGACUCUGAAGGACGUGGAACAUAAACCUCGCUAGUAUCCCGACAAUGUUUAACUUGUUUCAAUUGACAUUGUCGCUCGUUGUUCCUUCCAAAAUUUCCACUAGUGCUGUUUAUGUUCCACUUUCCUUAAACAGUAGUGAAAAAAUUACAAAAAUACCAAACGAAUAUUUAUUCGAUAAAAAUAAUUCAAUAAUUUUUUAUUUGUUAUUGUUGUCUCACUUUAUAAUAAAGAAACAUUUUCAUAAUCAUUUUCGUGCACGUUUUUUACCAUUUGUUACUUAAGAUAAGUCGUUACUUUGUAGUUACCGUAGAUCAGGCAAUGGCGAUGUUUUUAUAUUAGAUUGCGGUAAAGGGUAGUUAAUCACUGGUAGUUUUAGUGUCUGAGAAGAUUCGCCACUCACCGGCGUCGAUGUGAAUUGAACUGUAUUUAUUUAUAAAGCUCGAAUCCGAAGUAGCGAAAGGUUCCUAGACCCGCUACCGUUUAAAUAAGUGCUGAACAUUCGGAUCUGUCUGCCCGAUUGAUAAUAUUGGACAUUGAAGUGAGUAUGAGUCGUCGGUCCAACCAACAAUAAGUUUGGCAGUCGCCCCGGCAGACUGGAUGUUUGCUCUUAGCCCUUGUCAUGUCUGCGGUGUUCGCGAAGUGUUGAUAAUGGUUUUUGUGUGCACUUAAGUGGAGAGUGUGCCGCGGCCGAGUCUCAACUAAACUAGUGUAGGUAGAUUUGAGGCGGCAGAGCCGUCUUGCUCAAGCUUUUUUAUACUAUGUGACAAUCUCGAUUCGUUUUUACGUUUGUAAAUAUGUAUUAUAGCGGAAUUUAUGUAAAAUAAAUGAUUAGUAAAUAGUUACUCUUGUUUUUAUAUGUGUUUAUUUAUUUAUUUAUCACCUGUACAUUAUAUAUAUGUGAAAUGCUUUAUAAAAACGAUUUGGUACAAAAAAUUUUACUUAAAAUAUAACAAUCUAGAAAGAGAAAUGGUUUCGGGAACUUGAUUUCAAAUUAUACAACGUUGAAACUGUUAAAAA